UUCCGGUUCCGCUCACGCUUGCGCCUCCCUUGCAUCAUUUCCCUUCUACAACCACCUGGCAUUUUAGUAUUACGCCGGCUGAGGAGCAUACACCAUGGUGGAACCAGUUCCGGAAUUUAUUCACUUUCCGACCGAGGAGGAGCGAAUCCUUCAGCUAUGGAACGAGAAGGAUUGUUUUCAGGAGUGUCUGAAACAAUCCAAGAACAGGCCAAGGUACACUUUCUAUGAUGGACCACCCUUCGCCACUGGUCUCCCCCAUUAUGGGCACAUUUUGGCUGGCACCAUCAAAGACAUUGUUACUCGGUUUGCCCAUCAGAGUGGGUAUCACGUGGACCGGAGGUUUGGAUGGGAUUGUCACGGUUUGCCUGUGGAAUAUGAGAUCGAUAAAACCCUGGGCAUCAAAGGGCCAGAGGAUGUCGCUAAGAUGGGGAUUGCGGAGUACAAUAAGCAGUGCAGGAGUAUUGUGAUGAGAUACGCUAAUGAAUGGGAGGUAUCUGUUACCAGAAUGGGACGCUGGAUAGAUUUUAAGAAUGACUACAAAACUCUCUACCCCACUUUCAUGGAAUCAGUUUGGUGGGUCUUCAGACAGCUGUAUGACAAAGGCCUGGUCUACAGAGGGGUGAAGGUCAUGCCUUUCUCCACUGCCUGCAACACCCCCCUGUCCAACUUUGAGGCCAACCAGAACUACAAGGAUGUACAAGACCCGUCUGUGAUUGUCAACUUCCCCCUGGAGGACGAUGAGAGUGUGUGUCUGAUAGCCUGGACCACCACUCCCUGGACCCUGCCCAGCAACCUGGCCCUGUGCGUCAACCCAGAGUUGCUGUACGUCAAGGUUAAAGAGAACGCCACCGGAAAGGUCUACAUCCUGAUGGAGGCACGCCUGGGGGCGCUCUUCAAGUCCGAGGACGAGUACGCGGUGCUGGAGAAGUUCCCUGGCAAGACCCUGAAAGGGAAGAAGUACAGACCGCUCUUUGAAUACUUCCUGAAGUGCAAGGAGACUGGGGCCUUCUCUGUGGUGACAGACAACUACGUCCGCGAGGAGGAGGGCACAGGAGUUGUCCACCAGGCCCCAUAUUUUGGCGCUGAUGACUACAGGGUCUGCACGGAUUAUGGCAUCAUCCGGAAAGACUCCGCCCCCAUCUGUCCGGUGGACGCCUCGGGAUGCUUCACGGCGGAGGUCGCAGACUUCGUGGGACAGUAUGUGAAGGAUGCUGACAAGCACAUCAUCAAGCUGCUGAAGGAGAAUGGGCGCCUGGUCAAUGCCAGCUCCGUCAAGCACAACUACCCUUUCUGCUGGAGGUCGGACACCCCUCUGAUCUACAAGGCUGUGCCUAGCUGGUUCAUCAGAGUGGAGCACAUGGUGGACAAGCUUCUGGACAACAACGGAAAAUGCUACUGGGUCCCUGAAUUUGUGAGGGAGAAGCGCUUUGGCAACUGGCUGAGGGAUGCACGUGAUUGGGCUGUGUCCAGGAACCGGUACUGGGGCACCCCCAUUCCACUGUGGGUCAGCGAUGACUUUGAGGAGGUGGUGUGCGUGGGGUCAGUGUCUGAGCUGGAGGAGCUCACCGGAGCGAAAGUAACCGAUCUUCACCGGGAAAGCAUCGACCACCUGACCAUCCCGUCGCGCUGCGGGAAGGGCGAGCUCCGCAGGGUUCCGGAGGUCUUCGACUGCUGGUUCGAGAGCGGGAGCAUGCCCUACGCCCAGGUGCACUACCCCUUCGAGAACCGGCGGGAGUUCGAGGACUCCUUCCCCGCGGAUUUCAUCGCGGAGGGGAUUGACCAGACCAGGGGAUGGUUUUACACACUGCUGGUGCUGUCCACAGCCCUCUUUGGCAAACCACCAUUCAAAAAUGUGAUUGUCAAUGGCCUGGUUCUUGCAAGUGAUGGACAGAAGAUGAGCAAACGCAAGAAGAAUUACCCGGAUCCUGGGCUGAUAGUGAAAAACUAUGGGGCUGAUGCCCUGAGGCUGUACCUGAUCAACUCCCCCGUGGUGCGGGCAGAGAACUUGCGCUUCAAAGAGGAGGGCGUGCGGGACGUGCUGAAGGAUGUCUUUCUGCCCUGGUACAACGCCUACCGCUUCCUGGUGCAGAAUGUGCAGAGGCUGCACAAGGAAGAGGACAUUCAGUUUUUGUACAGUGAGAGCACAGCCAAGCCGAGCGACAACAUCAUGGAUAAAUGGAUCCAGUCUUUCACCCAGUCGCUCAUCCAGUUUUUCAAGGCCGAGAUGGACGCUUACAGGUUGUACACUGUUGUGCCGAAGCUGGUCAAGUUUGUGGACAUGCUCACCAACUGGUAUGUGAGGACCAACCGCAGGAGACUGAAGGGUGAGAACGGCGCGGAGGACUGCUUGUGGGCUCUGGAGACCCUGUUCAGCGUGCUCUUCUCCAUGUGCAGACUGAUGGCACCCUUCACCCCCUUCAUCACAGAGAUUAUAUACCAGAACCUCAGACACCUGAUUGACCCAGCCUCCCUGGACAAGGAUGCAAGCAGCAUUCACUACCUAAUGCUUCCGCAAGCCAGGGAGUCUCUGAUCGACAAGCGCAUCGAGAGCGCCGUGUGCCAGAUGCAGUCGGUCAUCGAGCUGGGCCGCGUCAUUCGGGACCGAAGGACCCUGCCCGUCAAGUAUCCCCUGAAGGAGGUGGUGGUUAUCCAUCAGGACCCCGAGGCUUUGAAAGACAUCCAGGCCUUGCAGAAGUACAUUCUGGAGGAGCUUAAUGUUCGGCAGCUCACCCUGUCCACUGAAAAAGACAAGUAUGGCAUCCGGUUGAGGGCGGAGCCUGAUCACAUGGUGUUGGGCAAGCGUCUUAAGGGGGCCUUCAAGCCCGUCAUGGCGGCCAUCAAGGAGUUGAAGAGUGAGCAGUUGGAGACCUUCCAGAAGACAGGAUCCAUUGUAGUGGAUGGGCAUGAACUUCAUGAAGAAGACCUGCGUCUGAUGUACACUUUUGAUCAGUCUUCUGGAACAGCUGCUCAGUACGAAGCUCACUCAGACGCACAGGUCCUGGUUCUGCUGGACAUUACUCCUGAUCAGUCUAUGGUGGAUGAGGGCGUGGCCCGUGAAGUCAUCAAUCGUAUCCAGAAACUCCGCAAAAAGGGUCACCUGGUUCCGUCUGAUGAGAUAACUGUGUACUACAGUUCCCAGCCUGCCGGGGACUACCUGGACAAGGUGAUCCAGGCCCACACUGAUUUCAUUCUGGCCACCAUCAAAGCCCCUCUGACUCCCUAUCCGGUGCCCAAAAAUGCCGGCGUUAUUGUACAGGAGAAAACCCAGCUGAAGGGCUCUGAGCUGGACCUGACCAUCGUGAAGGGGGCCUCCCGCGCCCCUCUCUCCGGACCCGCCUGCGCCUACGUCAAUCUCAAGGUCAGGCUGAACAGUAAGGAGCAAGACGGAGUUAUCCUGCUGGAGAACCCUAAAGGGGAUAACAAGAUGGAUGUGGACAGGCUGAAGGUGGUGUGCUCCAGCAUUUUUGGUGCCCAGAACACUCAGCUGUUCAAUGGGAAGACGGAGUUGACGAGCAAGACGGACCUCAUGGCCCUGAACGGACAGACGCUGUCCGUGACCUCGGGGGGCGGUCCCUCGGACCCUCCCAGCGCCGACCCCCUGCUCUGCCCCUACAUCAACCUGCAGCUGCUCAACGGCCCACCCGCCGAAUGCCUGAGUGGAACUGUGGGCACUGUGCUGCUGGCGAACCCGGUGGGCCAGAACGAGCUGACGUACACUGGCCUCCUCAGCGAGGCUGGCAAGCUGUUCGGCCACAGGGGCCGGAAACUGCACCUGUACCUGGACGAGGCCCUGAGUGAACAGGUCACUGAAAGCACCCCGGUGAAGACUCUGAACACGAAGACGCUGUACAUUAGACUUUUACCCACAACAGCUGAAUCUUAAGGAUUUCAUCUAUUGGGAAAAAAUAUUGUGUUGCCUGCAGUUCCAAUCAAAACUUUAAAAUGUGGUGAGAAUUUAAGUAAUAAUCCUUCCGCUGUCAGUCCUGGAUCAUUGAAUACUUGGUAUUGUACUCUUCAUUUUAUAUCCUAAAGUAACCAUCUCAAGAGUCCUACAAGGAAACUGUUACUGAAGGACCGUCCAAAAUUUGAGGUAUUGCUGAAAAGUAAAAAAAGAAAAAAAAAACCCAAAACGGCUCUCUCUCUUAGCCGUGUUCAGACUGCUACUGUAAAGCACUUCAGUUUUUAGUAUGGCCACAUGGAAUUCUUAUUAUGGGUGAAUCAGGUUAGCCUUUCCAUGAUUUUUGAAGUAACCCUUGUAAACUUAAAGGGAAUUGUACUGUACUGCUCUGCUGUCUGGAGUUUAUUACUGAAAAACUGGGAACAACGGAACACCCUCCGUAUAACUUACAAAGCCAAACUCAAGUGGGUCGCCAGAUGUGGUGCCCCGAGGGUUGCCAUGGAUGCCUGAUCUAUGAAAGAAGAGCUCCAUGAAAUUUUCUUUCGUAGAAUAGAGCAGGUGUCUGUGUUUUAGGGUGCUUCCUGUGGUAAAUUUUGGUGAGGGACUAGGGUUCAUUCAAAAGCCUCAGGAGCAAAACAGCAGUGUUUCUGUUCCACAAUGGUAAUGCACAAUAAAAAAAUAAAAGAAGACUUUUAAAAACCAAA